AUGACUACCGACAUUGAUGAUAUAACAGUUCGUGUUGGUGGAAUGAAGUUAGGCGAAGACGCGUCCGACCAUGUAGCCUCCCUUCCGCAAGCGUCUCGCUCACUUACUCGAGCUGAUGAAGCCAUCAACCUCCAUACACGGGAUAUCGAGUCUGUAAACGGCGAGGCAGAUUCUUCCAAUAUUCUGUCCACCACAGAGGCCUGUUCGCACCGUGAUCUCAUCGAAGUGCUUGUCGAAUCUGCCAAAAGUCUGGACAAGGCUACCGGCAUACUCGAAGAGGCCACAGAAUGCAUAAUCCUCGAGACUCUGAAGUUACGCGGAAGCCGAUCUACGAAUUUUGGGGUUGACCUCUUAUCACAUUUUGAUGGAGAGAUCAGAGCAAUCAUCAGGGAGGUUCUCCAUACCACCAAAGACGAAAACUUGCUUUGGAAAGCUGCGGAAGAGUGCUACAAGCAAGCCACCAGUUAUUCGGGGAGUCUUCACGCCAGCAAUUACUUUGAGUCUCCGGAAAAAGGCAAACGAGAGCACAAAAUCCAGGAUCAUAUGGAGAACGAACAGACUUGGGUCAAUUACUGGCUCACAAUCUUGAACAAUGCACCCAACGGACCAACGUUGUUUUAUCCACCGACAAGUUUCGACAGCCACUGGCUGAAGUUCGAAGACAUCCCUCAAUACCUGUUCCGGAUCUUUGACGCAGCUAUAUUGGGAACUGAUGGCGUUGUGCAUUCCAUCGAGAGCAGCAUCGAACCGGAGGGAAACAGUCGAACCGAUUUGUUGUCCUUGAGAAACGAUCGAGCAACGACUUUGCUACACGCACACCUUAAAAAAACCUGUUUCUCACGGGAAACAGAUAACCUGACAUCCUGGACAAGCUCUUUGCUCUUCGCCAUCCAAUACGCACUCUACAGGCGACAAUGCGGACAAGGCAAUGCAUCUGAGUACAAGAUAUGCGCCGCAGACACCAGGAAGUUUCCCCAAGGACAAUUUGCACGAGACAUCUGGUUGAUUCAAAAGUACGAGUCCGAUGGAGUGGGCCAAGCGCAAGAUUUCUUCAACUUCCGUCUGAAAUUUGUGGACUAUUACAACGGCGAGUACCUUUCCCAAGGAGCGGUGAGCAUUGCCGAUCGAUCAUGCGUGACCUCCCUGAAGCAACUGGAAGAAGCUGGACUGUUCAAAUUAUAUCCGGAAUUCGAAGACGCUACAGGCAGAACAUUAUGGGCCAGAAGGGUACUUGAAUUGCGCAGAGACUGGUCAGAAGAAAGAGGAACAGGCAAAAAAGAGAUCAAGCUAGCGCUACAGGUGGCACGCACCUGCUUCCCUCAGCUUGCAUCAGUGGAUGUCGCCACCGCUCUACUCACAUUUCGAAAUCGGAAACUUCAGCCAUCGGCACUGUCAGGUAAGUAA